AUGUCUUCAAAAGACACAUUGUGGUCCAACAGAGUAGUCUCAAGGUUUCGUGGCACAUCAUCCCAAACACAAUCACAGCCUUCCACUAUCCAAUCAAAUGAUCCACCUUCGCCAGAGUAUAUCAACAAGGUCUCCGAAGGUCAUUCCGAAUUGCUUGAUUUCAUACAUGGUAAAAUCCCUAACCCGCCCAGUAAGAUCGCCCCAUUCUACCUUGGUGGUGCAAGAUCCAACCCUGAACUGUCCGAAGUUAGUUCAAUCCAGUCAAUCGCCAACAUUCUUUAUGAACAUAUGAAAAAUUCGAAUGAUCCAUCUGAUCACGCUCGGGCUGUUCUAGCUUUGGACACGGAGAAAGGUAUCAGACUAGUAAGGAAAAGGUACUAUCUCGGUACACAGACAGAAUGUGAAUGUACCGAACCAUUCUUAUUCAAUCACCUGAUAACCAAUUUGGCUUACUCCCUCGGUAAAAAUGAUGUUGAGUAUUGUAGAUCGAGAUUAUACGAACUUGAAGAGACGGCGUCAGAGGCUUGGAGAGACAAGUUGAAUUGUGAGAAGACUAGAGAUUGCAAGUUGUUUAGUGAAAGAUGUCAAGAUGUUACGUUUGAUUCUCAAGCAAUGAAGACUAUCAAUAAUAUGGGAGUCGAGCAAUUCAAGGGAAUGUGUAUCAAUAUGGCUUCGAGUUUGAUUGGUCACAAGUAUCAGUUGUCAAGUUGCGAGAGAGAUUUACACUAUAAAGAAGUGGAUGACCCUUUUCAUAUGGACGACUUGAAUACCAUCCAUGAAUUACAAGCUCAAAAAUACUUGACGCCUUUACAAGCUGCCGAAUUGAGUGAACGAUGUGACAGAAGAAGAAAAGUCUGGAUGGAGAAUCACACGGGCAUGAAUUCGCAUCAUUUCAAUCGUAUUCCUCGGGAAGAACGAGUGUUCGAUUAA